UCAGACGCAUCCACCGUCUCGUUCCAGUAAAAUGUAGAUAUUGUUUGAUCCUCUUUGAAAAGAGCCCAAAUGCGCAUAUAACUGUGGAACAGUAUAUCUAUUGUAUGGCUUACUGUAUGAGCGGCUGCCCACCGCACGCCCUGCUUUCUCUCUUUCUCGCAUUCUUCAUAAGCAGCCGGCGGGGCAGUGCGAUCGCACAAGUUGAGUUGUGAGCGCCACAAUAAGGAAGUUCAGGUAGGAGUGCAGGUUCAAACAACAAGGUGAAGCCAAACAAAGGUGCGGCUUGGGGGCAGAACCGGCAGGGAAUGCGACCGAUCAUCUAUAAAGAGGCCUCCCGAUCUCUCUGGUUUCAGUAGCUGUCUGCACCAUGACAAUGACAACUAAACUUCUCCCAUUGUGGAUCUUUACACUGUCCGCCUCACUCGAUCCCUCAGUGGGCCUUCAUCCAGAGCUGGAAGGGGUGCAGGAGUAUGAGGUGGUGAGGCCUGUCAGACUGCAUUCACUGCAUAAGAGAGAGACAGAGUCCCACCGCCCUGAUGUGCUGAAGUACAGUAUGAGAGUGGAAGGAAAGGACAUCGAGAUUCAGCUGGAAAAGAACAAGGAAUUACUGACCAAAGAUUACAGCGAGACCCACUACACUGAGGACGGGACCCAGGUGACCACCGUUCCCCAGGACCUGGACCACUGCUACUACCACGGCACCAUCGUCGACGACGGGGAGUCUGCGGUCAGCAUGAGCACCUGCGAUGGACUGAGAGGCUACUUUAAAACGGCUGAGCAGAGGUAUCUGAUCGAGCCGCUGUCGGGGGACGACACGGGAGACCAUGCCGUGCUCAGGUACGAGAGCCUGAGCACUACGCCGUCGGUGUGCGGGGUCACCAACACCAGCUGGGAGCCCGACUACCCGCCUUUCACCAGCAGAACGCGAUCUCGGUCCGGGGGCCCAUCUCUUUUUCAGCAACAGAAGUAUGUGGAGAUGUACGUGGUAGCGGACAACAGAAUGUACAAGAAAAUGAAGGACAAUUUAGGGGAUGUCAGGAAGAGGAUAUUUGAAGUCAUCAACUUUGCAAACAUGGUCUAUAGGCCUCUCAACACAUUCGUGGCCCUUAUUGGCCUGGAGGUUUGGACAGAUGCAGACAAGAUCUCAAUUACAGCCCCUGCUGGGGCCACCCUGGACGCCUUCACCAAAUGGAGGAACCAGAUGGUGAAAACAAAGCCGAACGACAAUGCUCAACUGAUCACAGACAUAGACUUUGAAGGGGCGACAGUGGGACUGGCCUACAUCGGAACCCUGUGCUCCGGACACUCCACGGCAGUCAUCCAGGAUCACAACCCCAAGGCCAUUGCAGUGGGGGCCACCUUAGCCCACGAGAUGGGCCACAACUUGGGCAUGAACCACGACACCAGCUCCUGCGUCUGCACCGACGCUAGCUGCAUCAUGGCUCCAGCCUUGAGCUACAACAUUCCGAAGCACUUCAGUAGCUGCAGCGAUGGGAACUACGACCAGUUCCUGAACGCCCGCAACCCAGAAUGCCUUCUCAACAAGCCCAGCUACGAGGCAGUCCUGUCCACGCCUGUUUGUGGGAAUGGCUUUUUGGAGAAGGGCGAGCAGUGUGACUGUGGCCCGCUGGCGGAGUGUUCAAACCCUUGUUGCAAUGCCACCUCCUGUAGGCUCUCCCAAGGCUCAGAGUGUGCUGCUGGAGAGUGCUGUGGCAACUGUAAGAUCCUGCCAACCCCACGAAUGUGCAGACGGCCACGGGACGAAUGCGACUUGGCCGAGUACUGCACGGGGAAGUCCGCCGACUGCCCGGAGGACGUCUACGUCGUCAACGGGUCACCCUGCCAAAACGACGAGGGGUACUGCUACAAUGGAGAAUGCCCACGGAGAGAUGAUCAGUGUAUCAAGAUGUGGGGAGGCACGGCCGAGGUGGCGGGGCAGAACUGCUAUAACCAAAACACGCGGGGACUGUACUACGGCUACUGCAAGCGACCAGAUCAGAAUACAUACAUCGGAUGCCAGAGACAGGACAUUAUGUGUGGGAAGCUCUUCUGCCUUGAAGGCAAUGGCAGCCCAAACUACGGUCGCCUGGUGACAGUGGGUAACUGCAAAGCUACGUUCUACGGCGACCCAGACGUGGACUACGGCCAGGUGGACACAGGGACAAAGUGUGGGGACGGACUGGUGUGCAGCGAUUACGAGUGUGUGACCCUGGAGACAGCCUACAAAGCCACCAACUGCUCAGCGCGGUGCAGAGGCCACGCGGUGUGCAAUCACAAAACGGAGUGCCAGUGUUUGCCGGGAUGGUUACCCCCGGACUGCGAAAAAGCAGAUGAGAGCAAUAAAGGGCUCCCCAUAGGCGGGAUCAUCGGCAUCAUUUUGGCUGCCAUAUUGGUUCUGAUCGCUGUGGCUGCGGCAGCCGUUUUAACUGUCAAGCGCAGACAGAAAGGUCCCGGCUCUCACAGGUCUGUCCCAGCUCAGAAGAAGAACCCUGGUAUGUGCAACCUAGCCUUCUCUCAGGAGAGACAACCAGCAUCUCAUCCGGAAAACGCACAGCACAAGCGUCCGCGUUCUCCUCCGCCUCCGCCCCCCGUCUCCGUCCAGUUCUCCCAACCCGCCCUCAACCUCGUCGCUGCACGUCAGGCUCUGAGGCCACCGCCACAUCCCCGGGUCUGACCUCCCCCACCCCCCCCUCCCCCCCGACCGCAUGGUGGGACGGCCAUGGUACGCUGUUGAAAAUUAUCACCCCUUCAAAGCCACCUGAGAGGAUCAAAAAGGCCUACAGACAGAUUGCACUGUCUGUCAAACUGCUUUCAGGUCCAAAGGUACCUUACCUGUGGCAUGGCAAAUUAUUACACCAUAAAGUGAUGACGGCUGCUCUGCCAGCCAAUGACAUGUCAAGUGUCGCGCCUGUGCCAAUGGAACUUCCAGGUGGAUUUGGAACAGGAACUAUCAUACACUGCCUUGGCCCACGCUGGCUCGUGCGGACAAACUCACACUUUUCUCUUUCGAAGUGCACUUUAUGUAAAAUUCACAGGAAACUACAAUGUUAAUGAUGAUUUGGUGCGAAUGGGUUUUCUGUGAGACACUGAUGUAGUGUGAGGAGAUUUGCACAGCUGUUACACUUUUCUAAAAAAAAACAUUUUCUCACUGGUGAUAAGCCAUUGAUUAGAAACAGCUGGAAAUGAAAUGUUUCUGUAAGGUUGGAUACUGUCUGUUAAUCUGCCCAUUGUCAAACAAUUUGGAAAAUAACUUGAGAUCUAGGUGAAAAAUGCAUGGCUUCCAUCUGACUGAAAAAUAUUAAGCCAUAUUACAACAUAUUGUAUCAAUAUUAAACAGUACUACAUCAAUGUAAUAGUGAUAUUUUGCUCAAUUUUGUCAGCCCUAAAAAAAUAACCAAUACAGGACAGAACAGUGUGCCAACACAGUUUAAGUAUUUAAAUUGAGUAAACUGCAUUUCUGAAAUGUCAACUUUUAUAUGUAUAUGUAUUUCUGUAGUUGCUUACAAUAUUUCUCCAUUUCAAAAUGAGUAUUUGUGACUAUUUGAAUUGAAAACCCAUGAAUUUGCAUGUUU